AUGUGUAGCCUAUCGUUUAGGCUAUAGUGUGCAACCCUGUUUUGACGCCAUUUUACAGGCGAAAUUGUGUGUGUGACGCGUUGUUGUAGUGCAACAAAAAGCCAGAAAAUUUAUUUUCAUUGCAAAAAUCAAGUGUUUACCGUCGGAAACAAGGGAAGGAAGAACCAUUGAAGAUGUCGCAACGCUUUGCACCUGGCCAAGCGCCAGGGCAAUCGCGGUAUCAGCCACCGCCACCGGCACCCGGUAUGCGUCCCUAUCCGCCGCCAGGCGCCACUUUUCCGCCACGCGGAUUUCCACUUCAUCCAAAUACAACGCAACCGGUUCCAGGCACAGCAAACGUGGCCGGUGUACCGGGAGUUCCAGGAGUGCCCGGCGUUCCUGGGCCAUCGCUACUCCAGCGUGCUGCCCAACAGCCGGCUUUUCAGAGCAGUCUACGAGGCACAGGUGCCGCUGGCGGUGGCGUUGGAUCCGGCGGUGGGAGCAAGCGAUCCAAUGAAUCCCGCAGUUUGGGCGGUGGCGGUGGGAAAAGUGAUUUUGUUACGGCCAAGAAGAAGAAGAAGCUGGCGGAUAAGAUUCUGCCGCAAAAGGUGAGGGAUCUGGUACCCGAGUCGCAGGCGUACAUGGAUCUGUUGACGUUUGAACGAAAACUGGAUGCCACAAUCAUGCGCAAGCGUCUAGAUAUUCAGGAGGCCCUUAAGCGACCCAUGAAGCAGAAGCGCAAGCUGCGUAUCUUCAUUUCAAACACAUUCUAUCCCAGCAAGGAGCCAACAAACGAUGGCGAAGAGGGAGCCGUCGCCUCCUGGGAAUUGCGGGUUGAGGGCCGCUUGCUAGAGGAUGGUAAGGGCGAUCCCAAUACGAAGAUUAAGCGCAAGUUCUCAUCGUUCUUCAAAUCGCUGGUUAUUGAACUGGACAAGGAGUUAUACGGGCCGGACAAUCAUCUGGUCGAGUGGCAUCGCACCCACACCACGCAAGAGACGGACGGAUUCCAGGUGAAGCGGCCGGGCGAUCGCAAUGUGCGCUGCACCAUCCUCCUGCUGCUUGAUUACCAGCCGCUGCAGUUCAAGCUGGACCCGCGACUCGCCAGAUUGCUAGGCGUGCACACGCAGACUAGGCCGGUGAUCAUCUCCGCUUUAUGGCAGUACAUCAAAACGCACAAGCUGCAGGAUGCCCACGAACGGGAAUACAUCAAUUGCGAUAAGUAUCUGGAGCAAAUAUUCAGUUGCCAGCGAAUGAAGUUUGCCGAGAUACCUCAACGCCUCAAUCCGCUGCUACAUCCGCCCGAUCCGAUUGUGAUCAAUCAUUUUAUUGAAAGCGGUGCGGAGAACAAGCAGACCGCCUGCUAUGACAUUGAUGUAGAGGUGGAUGACACGCUUAAAAACCAGAUGAAUAGCUUCCUGAUGAGUACUGCCAGCCAACAAGAGAUCCAGGGCCUGGACACGAAGAUACACGAGACGGUGGACACUAUUAAUCAGAUGAAGACGAACAGGGAGUUCUUCCUAAGCUUCGCCAAGGAUCCGCAAAUGUUUAUCCAUCGCUGGAUCAUCAGUCAGACGAGAGAUCUGAAGUUGAUGACCGAUGUGGUUGGCAAUCCGGAGGAAGAGCGUCGGGCGGAGUUCUACUACCAGCCGUGGACGCACGAGGCCGUUUCGCGCUACUUCUUCACCAAGGUUAACCAGAAGAGGGCUGAAUUGGAACAGGCGUUGGGCAUACGCAAUGGCUAGGCGAAUAGUUCGCCGAUCUGCUUCAGCAGCUAAUUAGUGGAAUCAACGCCAACUGGCAUCCGUAAAACCGUGCGCACGGCAAACUCUUUUUCCUUCGUCAGCUUAGUUUAAGCCUAAUAUAUGUCCCUUUUUUUUCAACAAACUGAAAACGAUUCCUCUCCACAACCAAAAUCCCACGUCCUUAUAGUCCCACAACACACACAUCCAGCACAAAUAUUGGACUUAACAGUAAGCUAAUAAAAUGGCAUACAAAUAUAAAAACCGA